UGGUGGUGCUGCUGCUGCAAGCUGCUGGUGUUGCCGUGACGAUGAUAUCCUCCCCCUCCCACACACACACACACACUAAGAGGACAGGCAGCAAACAAGACGCUCUCGUGACGCGAUGGCUUCAGGCUGGAGAACAGACAGCAGUGAUCGGCUGCGUCUGAGGAAAACAUGGACACAGUGUGAUCUGCCCACAGCUUGAACCCUAUGUGAAUCAAAUUAACACCAUAGUUCAUUGCUUUUCACCCAAUAAGACCUAAAGAGGAUUGACUACUUUCAUUCACUCGGUUUAUGUGCUUGAAGAAACAACACAUGGAAGCAGAAAGAUGUUUUAAAUGGGAUAUGUACCUAAAUGUGGACACCUGGACACUCUUUCCCCCCAUAGUGGAAUAAUCUAUGCCAAGUUUCAUUGACUACAAGCUCACAAGCCUGGAUUACUGUGCCCUGAAAUUACAGAAAAACCAAACCUGCAUCUGGAUUUCUGGCAUUCUUCUUUGUGUGUGAAAUGUUGAUGUGCUUUUCCAGAGAUCUAGCAUCCGCCAAGAGUUAUCACAAGGAGUUCAUAUGAACAUUUGAUCCUUUUUAUGUUGAAUGCACAAUGGAAUAAAAGGGUGAGACAAGGAGCUUACAAAAACAAACAGUACAAAAAUACAUCUGGAACCUUGUAUUCAAACAUAAAGCCCCUUCCCCUGGCUGCAGAGUGGAAAAAGGGGUGUGUUUGGAGGUUUACCCUCACCAGGCUGCCACUUGCAGAUGGAGGCCCACCAACACUCCCCAGAUAGCAGCAGUGAGGAGUGCACCGUCCUGGAGGCUCCACCUGGCAAAAACGCCUGCCCACAACAUGCAGGGAAGGUUGCUGACUUGUACUGCUCUGCCUGCAAGUGUGCUCUGUGUGAGGACUGUCUUCCCAACCAUGCAGAACACCCAAAGGUGGCCCUCAGUCAGGCCCUCGAGCAGCACCGCAACAACCUGCAGGAAAGACUGGGCACUGUUCAGGACAGACUCCCUCAGAUUUCAGAUGUACUGUCCUUUGUUAAAGAGAUCCUCCAGCAGCUGACCAAUCAGAGGGCUUCCAUUGAAGAGGACAUUCAAUCGAGCUUCGAGGACUUACACAAGCAGCUGGAUGUUCGAAAGAGUGUACUGCUGAUGGAGCUGGAAGUUACAUACGGACUCAAACAGAAGGUUCUCCAAGCCCAGAUAGACAGCCUUCUACGGGGAGAGGGGGACAUGACAGCCACCUGUACCCAGGCAGAGGAGGCUCUGGCUGGAGAUCCCUGUGUGGCGAGCCUGCAGGUGGAGCGAGAGCUGUGGGAGAGGCUGGGUGAGCUUGCUGGUCUUGGUUUGCCAUGCCAGCCGGAAGAGAACGACCAGCUGGAUCUGGUGAUGGAGACAGAUGGGUUAAGGAAGUCCAUACACAACCUGGGGACUAUUGUUACAACCAGUGCGGUUGCAAGCCAGAGCGAAGCCAUGGGUGCAGGUCUUGAGCAAUGCAUUGUUGGGCAUCCUGCCUCUGUUACCAUUGUAACAAGAGACAAGUCAGGGGGAGCCUGCAAGAGUGGAAAUGCGAUCCUCUCUGCUGAGGUAUUCACACCAGACGGCAGCAUAGUAGAUGGUGAGAUAGUGGACCACAAGAACGGGACAUAUGAAUUUGUGUACACGGUGCCAAAGGAGGGUGACUUCUCACUGGCUCUCCGUUUGUAUGACCAGCACAUCAAAGGAAGUCCCUUCAAACUGACUGUCACCAAGACUCUAGAGGCUGAACUAGACGUUUCUCCCUCUACAACAACGGCAACCAAUUCAGCAGCCAAUGCUACGCCAUCGACUGGCUCAUCUGAAGGAGCAAAGAGACGAGGAAAGUCACCUGGUCAGAAGAAGAAAGGCUCAAAGAGGGCCAGCAGUGCCCUUGGUACCCCACGGCGCAAAACUCAGAACCCCAUUGAGGACGACCUCAUUUUUAGGAUCGGAACAAAGGGAAGGAAUAAAGGAGAGUUCACCAAUCUUCAAGGAGUAGCUGCCUCUUCCAAUGGUAGGAUACUGAUCGCUGACAGCAACAAUCAGUGUGUCCAGAUUUUCAGCAAUGAGGGAGAAUUUAAGAGUCGUUUUGGAGUGCGGGGACGAUCGCCAGGUCAGCUACAGCGUCCGACUGGUGUAGCCGUGCACCCCAGUGGUGACAUCAUUAUUGCUGACUACGACAAUAAGUGGGUCAGCAUUUUCUCCUGUGAGGGCAAAUUCAAGGCAAAACUUGGCUCUGGCAGACUCAUGGGACCAAAGGGUGUGUCUGUGGACCAAAACGGACAUGUUAUUGUGGUUGACAACAAAGCUUGUACUGUCUUCAUCUUUCAGCUGACUGGAAAGCUUAUUACCAAGUUUGGAAGCAGGGGCAAUGGUGACAAGCAGUUUGCAGGUCCACACUUUGCAGCAGUGAACAAAAACAAUGAAAUCAUUGUGACAGACUUCCAUAACCACUCUGUUAAGGUUUUCACGCUUGAAGGAGAGCUUGUACUGAAAUUUGGUUCAAAUGGGGAAGGAAAUGGCCAGUUCAAUGCUCCCACUGGUGUAGCAGUGGAUAUUAAUGGGAACAUCAUUGUAGCUGACUGGGGCAAUAGCAGAAUACAGGUGUUUGAUGGCAGUGGCUCCUUCCUGUCCUAUAUCAACACAUCAGCAGAUCCUCUUUAUGGACCCCAAGGUCUGGCUCUGACUUCAGACGGACACGUUGUAGUGGCUGACUCUGGCAAUCAUUGCUUUAAAGUCUACCGCUACCUACAAUGAUGGUGGCUUGGAUGAUGAUGGGGGAUGGUGACGUGGACGCGAUAGACAAGUUGAGGUUUAAAUGAAGUGAUAGAGUGAGCACUGUCAAAUAAUAUGAAUUACUGCAUGAGCCUCUAACUGCUCCCUGUGAAUGUUGAAAAUGGGAUAGAAGGGAUGAAAAAGUCAGUGAAAAAGUGUUCAGUUCCCAUUCUGGGUUCCAACCAGAACAUGACGGAAGUACCUAAUUUGAAUAUUUUUGGUGAUUAUUAUUAGGUAA